AAACUGCAAAGGAACCGCCCGCUUUCCCACGCUUGCUUUGUCUCUUCACUUCCCGCGCCUCCUUUACCAAUCGCACCACUUUCAGCAACCUACCUACCCCCUUCAUCAAUCCCUUGCUCCAACACCGCGACGAUGUCCACCGACGGAGCUCCCCAGCUGCCCGACGUCAACCCCGACGGCGGCUACGUCAGUCUCGAUCCCGCGACCAGCCAGGCUCACAGCAACCAGUCCAACGGCGGCUACACGCUGCACGACGUGAAGGACUCUGCCAUUAGCUCUGCCCAAGCCGCCAUGGAGUCUGUCCAGAACCACCCCAUCACUCAGAAUGCCAUCAACGGCCCCGUCGCUCAGAAUGCCAGGGCUGAAGCGCAAAAGACGUCGUCCGAGUUCCGCGACCUCGCCGGUGCUCGCAAGACGCCCGACCAGCCCGCUGCCACCGGCCAGCCACUGACGCAUUACCACUCCAUGUUCUACAGGCUUUUGAGCUGGAAGAACCCUCGCGCCACCGCCAUAUCCUUCGCCUGUUCCGUGCUCCUCAUCUUCGCGGGCCGCUACAUGAACAUUGUGCGCUAUGUCUUCAAGGCGCUCUACCUUGUUCUCGGCACUACUGCUUUGGCUGAGAUUGCUGGAAAGGCUGCCCUGGGCAACGGUCUGGCCUCCCAGAUGCGCCCUCGCAAAUACGUCAUGAUCCGGAAGGAAUCUCUGGAGCGGUUCACCGACGAUCUUGAGCAGCUGAUCAACUUCUUCGUGAUUGAAUUCCAACGCAUUGUUUUCGCCGAGAACAUCUAUGUCACGGUCGCCGCUUUCUUCGCGACCUUCAUCUCAUACUGGCUGAUCAAGAUCAUCCCGCUCUGGGGCCUUGCUCUGAUUGGUACCAUCAUGGUCUAUUCUGGUCCUCUCAUUUACAUGCAGAACAAGGAGGCCAUUGAUGCUCAGUUGCGCAACACGAACCACAUGCUUAACCAGCAAGCCAACCAGUUCAAGGACCUCGCUGCACAGCACAGCGCUCGCGCCCAAGAGACCAUGAGGACAUACGCCAAUGAAUACAGCAACAAGGCGCAGGAGAUGAUUGGACAGGCUAAGAACAAGGCCGCAGGUGCCACUUCCAAGGCCAAGGGCCAGGCCGCCGCAACCACGGAGAUGGCUCAGGAGAAGGCUUCUGCUGCCACCUCGCAAGCCCAGGAGACGGAUCAGACCGCUGAGCCCACUUCUCGGGUUCAGGAAGGUGACUUCCCUUCGGCACCGAGUGAUGAGUUGCCGAUUCACGGGUCUGCUGCUGGCUACCCUGUCACCGCUGAAGCCCAGAUCCCCGAGCCUGCGAUCUAA